UAUGUCGACAGAUACCAAGUAGCUUUCUUGCAACAAUAGUAACGCGGUUUUCGAAAUAAGGCAAGAUGUCAGCAUACAAGUACAUAAUCGGUCUGGCUGUUCUGGUCGCCGCUCUGUUGACCAUCACCACUGUACCCUGUGCCAAUGGAGCUGUCACUUCCUAUGCUAAUAACAAUAAGUCGAAUCAUCUAAUCGUCGGCUACAGGAUGCCCGGUGAUAAGCUUGUCCUUAAAGAGAACAUCAUCAAGAAUUCUAGCUGGAUGAAGAUUCAAAUUAUUGAAAAAACCUUCAAUGUCUCGAGGUAUGAACGUAUCACCUUAAUUGAAGCAUUGGACCAAAAGACGAACGGAAACGGCGCGCAAGCUAGUAUUUUGAAUGGUGGACCUGGACACAGCAACGUCACCCUGAGAUGGAAGAGUCUGAGAGGUCAUGGCAUUAAUUUCAUCUUUAAUGUGUAUGCACGAUUUUAAUUAGCUACAAUGAAAGCAGCUACUUCUAUGAUACAAUUACGACGGAGAAGUAAAAUAAGCAAUUUUAAAGCUACAUCAAUCUAACAUAUUCUGAGCUAUUUAUUAUUUCAACACUGUCACCAUUGCCAUUGAAAAAAGAUAUAUCACUGAAUAUUUUGGUUAUUCACUUUAAUUGUCUUGUACAUCAUCAAUAAAUCAAUGUAAUUGAUAUAA